UGUUGAUUUGUAUUGCGACUUUGUCCCCCACGUUCCUACCCCUAGGAUUAUUUUAAUGCCACACUGUUCUUGAUUGCUUCUUUUUUAAUUAUACUCGUGCGUCAAACGAGGACUUCGUGGCGAUAGCUCAACCGCCCAAGAUGAGCUUAGUUGGCAACUUCGGCAGCAAUUACGACCACACUGCCGCAAGUGGCGGUGUUCCCACACCAGAGAUGGCUGCUCGCCGGCACUCGCAAUCGUAUUCUAAUCCAAAGUCAUCCGAUUCAGACUCUUCGACAAUUGCAGCAAACAACGAAAAGUCCCAUCACCAAACAGGGCGGAAGACCUCACUAUCCGACGAGCAGGAAACUGCAAGAAGAGAAGAGGAGGUUUUGCAGUUGGCGAGGCGACUGACAUCGCAAAGUCAUGCUUCUGGAGGACAUGGAAGCCCGUUCGAUGCGGUACCAGGAUCAUCGCUUGACCCUAGUGGAGAACACUUCAAUGCUCGCGCCUGGACCAAGGCUAUGUUGAAUCUGCAGAGGAGUGAUGAGAACGCGGCACCACAAUCAACAGCUGGUAUCUCUUUUCGGAAUCUCAAUGUCCAUGGUUUCGGUGCCGACACAGAUUACCAAAAAAGUGUUGGUAACGUAUGGCUUGAUGGUCCAGCUAUCGUGAAGAAGGUGAUGGGAAACAAGGGGCGGAAGAUCAAUAUCUUGCGCAACGUCGAUGGCCUGGUGGAGGCUGGUGAGAUGUUGGUCGUCCUUGGGCCCCCUGGAUCCGGUUGUUCCACAUUUUUGAAGACAGUCACAGGAGAAACCCAUGGCUUCUUCGUCGACCAGGCUUCAGUGAUCAACUAUCAGGGCGUCAGUCCAAAGAUGAUGCACAAGAACUACCGAGGAGAAGCUAUCUACACGGCAGAAGUUGAUGUGCAUUUCCCACAGAUGACUGUUGGCGAGACACUCUACUUUGCUGCCCAGGCUCGCCGCCCGCGCCAUAUUCCGGGUGGGGUCAGCGAGAAGGUGUAUGCCGAGCACCAGCGAGAUGUCAUCAUGGCCAUGUACGGCAUCUCCCACACCAUAAACACUCGGGUUGGCAACGACUUCCUUCGUGGUGUCUCAGGUGGUGAGAGGAAACGUGUGACCAUUGCGGAAGCCUCCCUCAGCCGGGCGCCUCUGCAAGCAUGGGACAACUCGACGAGAGGUCUCGACUCCGCCAACGCCAUCGAGUUUUGCAAGACCCUUCGUAUGGAAACCGAGAUCAACGGCACAACCGCCUGCGUGGCCAUCUACCAAUCUCCUCAAGCCGCGUAUGAUCUUUUCGAUAAGGCACUUGUUCUUUACGAGGGCCGCCAGAUCUUCUUUGGCAAGACCACAGAGGCAAAGCAGUAUUUCCUGAACAUGGGAUUCGAAUGCCCUGAUCAACAAACCGAUGCCGAUUUCCUCACCUCGAUGACAAGUGCCCUGGAACGUCUUGUUCGCCCCGGUUGGGAAGAUCGUGUUCCACGCACUCCGGAUGAUUUCGCUCAACGCUGGAAUGAAUCAGCCGAACGAGUUGAGCUGUUGCGCCAAAUUGAGGCAUACGAGCAGAAGUACCCCAUUGGUGGCGAUCAAGCCACUAAGUUCGCAGAAGCUCGAACGCUCCAGAAAGCCAAGGGUCAGCGACAAAGAUCGCCUUACACUCUGUCCUACAUGCAACAGAUCAAGCUCUGUUUGUGGCGAGGAUUUGUUCGUCUCAAGGCUGAUCCCAGCAUUACCGUCUCUCAACUUGUUGCGAACUCGAUCAUGGCUUUGAUCAUCUCGUCCGUCUUCUACAAUCUUCGGCUCACCACCUCCAGCUUCUAUCAACGAUCCGCUCUGCUUUUCUUCGCCAUUCUGAUGAACGCUUUUGGCUCAGCGCUCGAGAUGUUAACUCUCUAUGCCCAACGACCUAUUGUUGAGAAGCAUUCUCGAUAUGCACUCUACCACCCGUCUGCCGAAGCGUUCGCUAGUAUGUUAACCGAUUUGCCAUACAAGAUCGCCAACGCAAUCACUUUCAACUUGGUCCUCUAUUUUAUGACUAACUUACGACGAGAACCUGGCGCCUUCUUCUUCUUCGCACUGAUCUCAUUCACCCUUACCAUGGUCAUGUCCAUGUUCUUCCGAUCCAUCGCUUCGUUGUCACGAUCUCUCGUCCAGGCUCUGGCACCCGCUGCGGUUCUCAUCUUGAUGCUUGUUAUGUAUACCGGUUUCGCAAUUCCUCCUACUUACAUGUUGGGAUGGUCUAGCUGGUUGCGCUACCUGAACCCUGUCAGUUAUGGCUUCGAAUCUCUGAUGAUCAAUGAGUUUGUUGGCAGGCAAUACCAAUGCAACCAGUUCAUUCCCUCUGGUCCCGGGUACGAAAGCGUUACUGGCGUACAGCGAGCAUGCGCGGCGGUCGGCUCAGUCGCAGGUCAACCUUUUGUGGAUGGAGCCGUGUACAUCCGAUCGGCUUACCAGUACGAAGCCUCGCACAGGUGGCGCAAUUUCGGUAUUCUCUGGGCUUUCAUGUUUGGUCUCAUGAUGGUUUAUCUCGUCGCCACUGAGUACGUUACUGCUGCUAAGUCAAAGGGUGAAGUUCUACUUUUCCGACGUGGUCAGAAAGUUCCUGGAAGCAAAUCUACUGACGAUCUGGAAUCCGCUCCCACUGGUCGCAAUGCAGGUGUACAGCACAACUCGGACCAAAUCGCUAUCAUUGAACGACAGACGGCUAUUUUCCAAUGGCAGGACGUUUGCUACGACAUCAAGAUUAAGGGUGAGGGUCGACGUAUCCUCGAUCAUGUCGAUGGAUGGGUCAAGCCGGGCACCUUGACUGCGCUCAUGGGUGUUUCUGGUGCUGGCAAAACUACCCUCUUAGAUUGCUUGGCUACGCGUACUACUAUGGGUGUUAUCACUGGCGAGAUGUUGGUUGAUGGCAAGCCACGCGACGACUCAUUUCAACGCAAGACUGGAUAUGCCCAGCAGCAGGAUCUUCAUUUGGCCACAUCUACCGUCCGAGAGGCUCUUCGUUUCUCUGCUCUGCUCCGUCAACCAGCUCAUGUUCCUCGUCAGGAAAAAAUCGAGUAUGUUGACGAGGUCAUCAAGCUAUUGGACAUGACAGAGUACGCUGAUGCCGUCGUCGGUGUUCCUGGAGAAGGUCUCAACGUCGAGCAGCGCAAGCGACUCACCAUUGGUGUCGAACUGGCAGCUAAACCCGCUCUCCUUCUCUUCCUGGAUGAACCCACUUCUGGCCUCGAUUCACAAACUUCUUGGGCUAUUCUCGACCUACUUGACAAGCUGAAGAAGAACGGACAAGCCAUUUUGUGCACUAUCCACCAGCCCAGCGCCAUGUUGUUCCAACGCUUCGAUCGCUUGUUGUUCUUGGCCAAGGGCGGACGCACUGUCUAUUUCGGCGAAGUCGGAAAGGGCUCGCAUAUCCUCGUUGAUUACUUUGUUCGUCAAGGUGCUCCCCAAUGCCCACCCUCGGCGAACCCAGCCGAGUGGAUGCUGGAGGCAAUCGGCGCGGCUCCUGGGUCGCACUCUGAUGUCGACUGGCCACAGGCGUGGCGCGGUUCCAAAGAGUACGCUGAGGUACAACGUCAUCUCGCUGAACUGAAGUCGGAACGCGGUCAGGCGGAUGCUCUCCAACGCACAAUGUCUGCCCAGAAACGCGAGGAUAAAGCUGCCUACCGUGAAUUUGCUGCUCCCUUCGGGCUGCAGUUCCGUGAGACCACAAUCCGUGUAUUCCAACAGUACUGGCGCAGUCCUGCCUACAUUUACUCCAAGAUGCUUCUCUGCACCUCAUCGGCUCUGUUCAUUGGGUUUUCGCUUUUCAACAUGUCAAACACCCAGCAAGGCAUGCAGAACCAGAUGUUUGGUGUCUUCAUGUUGAUGACUAUCUUCGGUCAAUUGGUCCAGCAGAUUAUGCCGCAUUUCGUCACACAGCGUGCUUUGUACGAGGCUCGCGAGCGACCCAGUAAAACCUACUCCUGGAAGGCAUUCAUGUUGUCGAACAUUCUUGUCGAACUCCCCUGGAACUCGCUCAUGUCCGUCUUGAUCUUUUUCUGCUGGUACUACCCCAUUGGCCUCUACCGCAACGCACAACCCUCCGACUCCGUGACCCUCCGUGGUUUCCAGGAAUUCCUCUUCGUCUGGAUGUUCCUGAUGUUCACUUCCACCUUCACCCACAUGAUGAUUGCUGGAAUCGAGUCCGCCGAAACUGCUGGUAAUCUUGCCAACUUGAUGUUCUCACUCUGCUUGAUCUUCUGUGGUGUUCUCGCCUCACCGAGCACCUUCCCCCGCUUCUGGAUCUUCAUGUACCGUCUUUCGCCUUUCACAUACAUGGUGUCUGGCAUGUUGUCUGUCGGCCUUGCCAACAGCUCAGUCCAGUGCGCAGCUAACGAGCUUAUCAAUUUCGAACCGCCUUCAGGCCAGAGCUGCGGUGCUUACAUCGACGCGUACCGAAACCUGGCUGGUGGUUACAUGAGCAACCCAGACGCCAUGACAGGCUGCGAGUUCUGCGCCAUUGGUGACACAAACGUGUUCCUUGCACAACUUUCGGCGAACUACGCGGACGUGUGGCGGAACUUUGGUAUCCUUUGGGCAUUCGUCAUCUUCAACAUUUGCGCGGCGCUCGCCUUCUACUGGCUCGUCAGGAUGCCCAAGCCCAAGAAGGAGAAGGAAGACAAAGCCGUUGUUGUUGACAACCACGCUGGUGCUGCACAUGAGGAGAUGACACACGAGCCUUCUCGUGUUGGCACGCCUGUCACGAAUGUUGUUCAUGACCACGAGAAGGUUGAUGAGCAGCCGACGUACGCACCUAUCGCGGGUACGCGCACGCCGCCUCGUCAAGAGGUCUCGGAAAAAAUCUGAGCGUGUGCAUUGUUAUCUGCUUUUUGACUAGAUUUUCGACAGUUGUUGGUCCGUCUUCGCCCGCUUGUGUGGCAUAUGUUUUCCCUUUUCUACCUCGAUCUCAAACAUAGAUCUUCGUUGUACGCCUCAAUGGCGGAUACGAUCUCACGCAUACUUCUCUUAUAGAUUCUAAUCAGUGGCUCUGCGUAUAUGCAGCCUCAAUAGAUAGAUGAGAUACUUAUGUUCUAAUCUACAUUUUACUUCUUCAUCAUGCAUCCGACUUCGUGUAUUUCGUGCAUCGCAAUUUGGAAAGGCCAAAAAGUCCUGGCGAGCAUCGUGAUCACGUAGUAGUUGCAGAGUCACAUGGG